ACAGCUGGCUGUAUAUAAGGCGUCCAUUGUCCUGCUUCUUGCCUGUCUUUUCUCUCUCUUCACACACACCAUCUUUCCUCCUUUUCAAACAACCUCUUCACACAUUACACAUCAUUCACCAUGGCUUGGGGCUGGGAUGAUUCCAACGAGGCUCACCGUCAGGUCUACAACGGCGAGCAGCACCACGAGGCCAAGUUCUCCCACGAGCUUCUGGCCGGUGCCGCUUCCUUCGAGGGCAUGAAGCUCUUCGAGGACCACCAGCGCAAGGAGGGCAAGCCCGUUAGCCACGCUUUCGCCAAGGAGCUUCUUGCUGGCAUUGUCGGUUCUCAGAUCGACAGACUUGCCGAGACCAAGGGUAUGGACGAGGUCGACAAGAUCCGUGCCAAGAAGCACGCCCAGGAGAACGCCCACAAGAUGUACGAGGAGCACUACGAGCGCGGUCACGGCGCCCCCGAAUACGACCCUCGCCUUCCUCCUCACCCCCACUUCCGUGACGAGGGCCGCUUCCCUGAUCAGGGCCGGUGGUAAGGGCCGUGGCU